ACCAGCCGCCCAGAUAAAACCCCAGCCCAGCCCCGGCAGCAGAAGCAGCAGCUCUGCUAUGUUUGUUUAAGAGACAGUUAGCUUCUGUUUUAAUCCUAAAAAAUACUUUAAUUUGAUAACGCCCAGCCUUCAAUAGCCUCAGCCAGCCCGGUCGUGUUUAUGAGCCGCGGACGUCGCAGCUGAGCUCCGGAGGCGGCGGGGGGAGAGUAGCGGUCUGGCGGGGCAGAGACGUGGCCAUGGCCGCUGGAGAGGAUGCGGGUUCGGCUGUAAGCGCGGAGACGGCGGGGCAGCACGCCGUGUCGGUGCUGCUGGCCUUCGGAAAGUGCCUGGGCGCGCUGCUGCCCGUCUACCUGGCCGGAUACUUCGGGCUGAGCCUGAGCUUCGUGGUGAUCGGCCUCAUGGUGUAUCUGGGAUGGAGGCAGCACCGCGACGGUAAGCAGGCGAGGCUGAACACCGCCAUGUACGCUCAGGAGAACGAGCGGGACUUCACCACCGGCCGCCUCUACAGGAGCCGGAGAGACCUUCCCGCCUGGGUUAAUUUCCCAGAUGUGGAGAAAGUUGAAUGGCUAAAUAAGAUCCUGCAGCAGGCCUGGCCAUUUGUAGGCCAGUAUUUGGAGAAACUGCUUGUGGAGACGAUUGCCCCGACAAUCAGGGGCACCAGCCCCCACCUUCAAACCUUCAGCUUCACCAAAGUGGACCUGGGUGACAAGGCCAUGAAGGUGGUUGGAGUAAAGGCUCACACUGAGCACGAUAAGCGUCAGGUGUUACUAGACCUUUAUAUCAGCUAUGCUGGAAAUGUGGAGAUCAAUGUGGAGGUAAAGAAGUACUUUUGCAAAGCGGGAGUGAAAGGAAUUCAGCUUCAUGGAAAGCUGAGGGUGAUCCUGGAGCCUCUGAUUGGAGAUGUUCCUCUUGUUGGAGCUAUCACCAUGUUCUUCAUCCGCAGGCCUAAGUUGGACAUCAAUUGGACAGGGUUAACCAAUUUACUGGACAUCCCAGGAGUGAGUGCUGUGUCGGACACUAUGGUAAUGGAUGCUAUCGCCUCUUUCCUGGUGCUUCCCAACCGCCUCACUGUUCCAUUGGUGGCCGACCUGCACGUAGCGCAGCUCCGCUCCCCUCUGCCUCGGGGUAUCGUGAGGAUCCACCUGCUGGAAGCAGAGAACCUGGCUCCUAAAGACAACUUCAUGAAAGGUAUGAUCGCCGGCAAGUCGGACCCUUACGCCGUGCUGAGGGUGGGCACCCAGGCCUUCACCUCCCACCAUGUGGACAACAACCUCAACCCGCAGUGGAGGGAGAUGUAUGAGGUGAUAGUUCAUGAGGUUCCGGGGCAGGAGCUGGAGGUGGAGGUGUUUGAUAAGGACCCUGAUCAAGAUGAUUUCCUAGGAAGGGUGAAGUUGGACUUGGGUCUUGUAAAGAAAGCAAGAGUCUUGGAUGAGUGGUUUACUCUGAAGGACGCACCAUCUGGCAAAGUUCAUCUCAGGCUGGAGUGGCUCUCGCUGCUGCCGUCUGCAGAGCGCCUCACUGAGGUACUCCAAAGGAACCAGAACAUCACCGUCUCCAGUAAAACAGCUGACCCCCCCUCUGCUGCCAUCUUGACCGUGUACCUGGACCGGGCACAGUAUCUACCUAUGAAGAAAGGAAAUAAGGAUCCCAGCCCCAUGGUGCAGCUCUCUGUGCAGGACACCACCAAAGAGAGCAGGACAACAUAUGGAACCAACAACCCGGUGUGGGAGGAUGCUUUUACCUUUUUCAUCCAAGACCCGCGCAAACAGGAUCUGGACAUUCAGGUGAAAGAUGAUGACCGGUCUCUGACUCUGGGCACUCUGUCCAUCCCUCUGUCCCGCCUGCUCUCCAGUGCUGAACUCAACAUGGACCAGUGGUUCCAGCUGGACAGCUCUGGACCCGCCAGUCGCAUCUCCCUGAAUGUUAUAAUGAGGGUUUUAUGGCUGAACGAGGAACCCACCAGCCCAGUGUCUCCAGAGCCAUCUUCUCCAUUUCCUGGUGAUGGAGAGGACGGUGUUAUAUCAGAGAUCACCACCGGAGGAGCCAGUGUGUCACCAACCCCAACACGUCCAGAGAAGACCAGUCCAGAUUCCAGCUUCGCCACUGAGGGUGUCCUGCGGAUUCACCUGGUGGAGGCCCAGAACCUUGUCGCCAAAGAUAACUUCAUGGGAGGCAUGGUGAAGGGGAAAAGCGACCCCUAUGUGAAGAUUCGGGUGGGAGGGCUGACCUUCAAGAGUCGUGUUAUAAAAGAAAACCUGAACCCAGUUUGGAACGAACUGUAUGAGGUCAUCCUCACAACACUCCCAGGACAGGAGGUGCAGUUUGAUCUGUACGACAAAGAUGUGGAUCAAGAUGAUUUCCUGGGCAGAUUUAAGCUGAGUCUAAGUGACCUUAUCAGCGCCCAGUACACUGAUCAGUGGUACACCCUGAAUGAUGUAGAAAAGGGGCGGGUCCAUAUGAAGAUGGAAUGGCUGCCAAAAGUUUCAGACCCCAGCAGACUAGAACAGAUAAUGCGUUACCAGUCUCAGCAGUCGUAUGCCAAUAAAGCAGUGCCCUCUGCAGCCAUACUGUUUGUGUAUGUGGAGCGAGCACAUGGUCUUCCUUUGAAGAAGAGUGGAAAAGAGCCGGUAGCUGGAGCAGAGCUGUCAAUCAAAAAUACUUCUUACAGAACUAAACUCGCUGAUCGAUCUACAUCUCCAUGCUGGGAUGAGACGUUCAGUUUUCUGAUUCACGACCCUUCAGACGAGAUGCUGACUAUCAGGCUCUUUCACAGCUGGGGUCAGCCUCUGGGUGCAGUGGUGGUGGCUGUGAAGGAGAUGUUAGCAGAGCCGGAGUUGGUUCUGGAUCGCUGGUUGACUCUGGAUGGAGCUUUACCUGAGAGUCAGAUACUGAUCAGAGCAGAGCUGAGGCUUUUAGACUCUAAAUUGGAAAAUUCUGGUGAAGGAACAAACAGCAGUGGUGAGGUGGAGCAUAUGAUUCCCAGGGCGGAGCCAGAACCAGCAGCCAAUCAGGAGAUCCGACAGAGAUCAGUCCAGGGAGGUGGACAGGCUGAAGCCAGUGGGCGGGGUCAAGUCAAACUUUCUAUUGCUUACUCUACUAAAGAGAACAGACUGGUCAUCACAGUGCACGCAUGCAGGAAUCUUACAGCUUGCUCUAAAGAUGGCUCCGAUCCCUACGUCUCCUUCCUCCUUCAGCCUGAUAAAAACAGAAGCACCAAAAGAAAGACCAGCGUGAAGAAGCGAGACCUCAAUCCUGAGUUUAAUGAGAGGUUUGAUUUUGACUUGUCUCUGGAGGAGUCCACACACAGACGCCUUGACCUGUCCGUGAAGAACAGCGUGUCUUUCAUGAGCCGUGAAAAAGAGCUGAUUGGGAAGCUUCUUUUAGACCUGAACCAGCUGGACCUGAAGGCAGGCGUCUCACAGUGGUUUGACUUAACAGAGGAGAGCAGCUAAUCUGGCAUUUGUGUGUUUUUACACAACGAUGCCUUCAACUUCACUUCACUCUUCUAACGCGCCUGUUUCUCCCAGGCUGCACUGCUGUACCUGCAUCUGCAUGACGCAACUGCAACUGUCACUUUACCUGUAUGGCUUUAGAGCUGUGGGACCAGUGAUUGUAGAAAAGUUCGUUUUAUGGUCUGAAUUCUGUAGUUAAUGUAGUUUUAUCUUCAGCGAUACCAAAUGCAUUUAAGGCACGCUUAAUGUUACGGUCAGUGCACGUCGUUUGCCAUUUUGCAAAUUUGCACCAAGAAAGCCUUUAAAAAUACGUUUGUCAAGGGAACAGUUUAAACAAGAAAAAACGAAUGCCAACAAGCAGAACGCUCUUUAAUCAGAAGGGUGUUUUUGAUGCAAGUUUUAUUCCUUAUUUUAUCUUUUAACUCACUUUUAUUUACCCGUAUCAUUGUUGCGCUAUGCAACAAGUAUAUUGUUUGCCUGAUUUUUAUAUCAUUCUUCUGCUAUCAGUUUUCUUUUUAACUUUCUGUUGGAUUUCUAACAUGUAUCACAGUUUCUCGUUGUGUGAUGUGUGCUUGCAUACAGCUUUGUGAUCAGAUCACAUGGGAUAACCUAGCAAGCACUUGACAACACCUCAGCAACCACCCGAGACAACAUAGAAACUCCCUAACAACUACUAAGUAAUGUCAGUGACGACUGCAUGAAAUACCAUAGCAAUCACCUUACCACACUGUAGUGUCCAUCAGCGUCCAAUUUGCAAUAACAUAGCAACCACCUGGGAUACCAUAGUAAUAUUUUUUCCAAGCACCAUAUCGACCACUUAGCAACCGUAUAGAAACCACCCAGCAAUGACUUUGCAACAACAUAGAAACCACCUGGGAUAACAUAGUAAUCAUUUCCAAGCAGCAUAUCAAUCACUUAGCAACCGUAUACAAACCGCCCAGUAAUGGCUUUGCAAAAAACAUAGCAACCACCUGGGAUACCAUAGUCCUCUUUUCACAGCACCACAGCAACCACCCAGCAUUGACUUUGUAACAACAUAGCAACCACCUGAAAUACCACAUUCUUAAUUUUACAGCACCACAGCAACCACUUAGCAACCGUAUUAGAAACCACCCAGUAAUGACUUUGCAACAACAUAGCAACCACCUGGAGCAGCAUAUUCAUCAUUUCCCAGCACCAUAUCAACCACUUAACCGUCAUUUAUCAGCCAUCAAACGAUGACUUUGCAACAAUAUAUCAACCUCUUAUGAUACCAUAGUAACCAGUGGAAGUUACUUUAGAUGUUUAAACAUGCUUCAUUUUCUCUAAUUCCAAGAAAAGCACUUUUUUAAUUUGAAAUAUAUUUCCACAUUUCUCACUUAUUUUGUGUUUUAUCAUUUUCAUUUAUUCUCUUUUUAUCUUAUGUUUGAAUUUCAUAUAAGAGCUUUAUACUCAGAUAGAAACAGGUGGAUGUUUGAUGCUUUAAAGAAGAGUUUUAUAUGUAUAAAUGUCUUAUUACUGUUUCUUUGGGAUCUGGGUGUCAGAGUGUCACACUUCGUAGCUGUACAAGAAAAUAUUCCAGUCAGAAAAUGAUUCUGUAUUUCAUGGCUAAGCUUAUAUUUUUUAUUUCUUGUAGUAUUUUUGGUUUGUAUAUAUUGUUUUCUUUAUUUUUAGCCUGAUGCAUAUUUGCUUAAAGUCUGGGAAAGUGUUUGUCCAAUUUGUUUUAAACUCUGAAUUAAGGAGAAAGUUUACUUUUAUGUAUAUCAGACUUGCUCAUAUUGGCCAUAACAUUAAAACUACCUCCUUUUUUUAUUUUGCACUCAAUAUCAAUUGUAUCAGGUGCACUAUAUAGUAUAACAAUAACAAUAUCAAUCAAUAUUUGGUGGAAUAGCCCUGUUUUUUCAUCACAAAUGUCAUGCAUCUUGGCAUCAUGUUCUCCUCCACCAGUCUCACACACUGCUUUUGGAUAACUUUAUGCUGCUUUACUCCUGGUGUAAAAAUUCAAGCAGUUCAGUUUGGUGGUUUGAUGGCUUGUGAUCAUCCAUCUUCCUCUUGAUUUUAUUCCAGAGGUUUUCAAUUUGGUAAAAUCAAAGAAAAUCUUCAUUUUUAGGUGGCCUAUUAUUAUCAUUAUUAUUUUUUCCAGCACUGUAAAUAUAAAGUGCAUCUAUAUGAUCAAUGGAACUGAUACAACAAAUGGAUGGAGAGUGCAGAAACUUGGAGUUGGUUCUAAUGUUAUGGCUGAUUUUGAUGUUCUGAAGGUUGCCUUAAGGUUGUGUUUUAAAAGAUUUAUAUUUUAUGUACACGGUAUUGUAAGACCACUGAUUUGCUGUUACAGACUGGUAGUCAAACAUAAUUACUGAUAGAUGUAACUGAUACACUAUAAAAAUGAAGAUGCUUAAAAUUGUUAAUAGAAGAACCAUAUUAGUAUUAGAUAUGAGUUAGAAUUACCCUUUUGAAGGCUUAUUUUAAAAAAUGGGGCUUCACUGACCAACUAUUCUUAACAACGAAGAUUAAGUUAUUUUUAUGAAAAUGUUCUAAUAACAUUAUGAUGGAUACCAUUAUUACUUUGCAUGUUUUCAGAAAAAAAACAUUGCUAAACGUUCUUGUAACAUUCUUUUAUUAGGGAAGUAAAUUUCAGUCAAAAAUGAGGGAUUAAGUCAGUAUUUUGUAGGUUCACCUCUUGAUUAUGUCUGAUUAGGUGUCAUAUAUAUAUAUAUAUA